AUGGCACCCAGCAUCAAUAGCGAUAACAAGGUUACUACAACCACCUCAAACGAAGAUAACGGCCUCCUCUUAUACAACAACGUCAACCAACAAGUUCUUCAAGAAAAAACAAGCAGAUACCUCUUGAAAUACGGAACAGAAUUCAACAAAGAUGUUAUCUGUGGCAGCAAAGGCCUAUACGUCUACACAGCAUCCGGGCACAAAGUGCUAGACUUUACGUCAGGACAAAUGUCCUGUCUCCUCGGGCACGGCCAUCCAGAAAUCGUGAAAACAAUCGCAGACCACGCAGCCUCCCUGGACCACCUCUUCUCAGGCAUGGUCUCGCCUCCAGUAAUCAGUCUCGGCGAACGCCUCUGCAAUCUACUCCCCGCGGGCCUCGACAAAGCAUUUUUCCUGUCAACCGGAGGAGAAAGUAACGAAGCCGCUAUCAAAAUGGCCAAAAUAUACACCGGAAAAUUCGAAAUCGUCGGCUUGGGUGCCAGCUGGCACGGCGUGACCGCCCAAGCACUAGGCGCUCAAUAUCACUUCGGUCGCAAAGGUCAGGGACCCCUGAUGCCGGGGAUGCUGAUGCUCCCGCCACCAAACGGGUAUCGCUCUAUCUUCCGCCGAGCUGAUGGAUCCUAUGACUGGGAAGCGGAGAUGGAAUAUGGUUGGCGGAUGAUCGAUAUGCAAUCGUGCGGAUCGCUGGCGGCCUGUAUUGUUGAGUGUAUCCAGUCAUCGGGUGGUAUGCAUGUCCUGCCACCGGGAUAUCUUACCGCUCUGAAGCGAGAAUGCGAGAAGCGUGGUAUGCUUUUGAUCGUUGAUGAGGCGCAGACAGGUGUCGGUCGAUGCGGUGAUUUGAUGGCUAUCAACCACGAAAAUGUUGUGCCUGAUAUCCUGACGCUUAGCAAGACGCUUGGUAAUGGACUGCCGCUGAGUGCCGUUGUCACUAGCGCUGAGAUUGAGCGCGUUUGCGUCGAGCGAGAGUUCUGCUUUUAUACUACCCACAUUAAUGAUCCCCUCCCCGCAGCUGUUGGUGACAAAGUUCUUGAGAUUGUUGUGCGCGAUAACUUGGUUGAACAUUCACGCGCAAUGGGCAAGAUACUUCAUGAUCAGCUAAACAGCUUGAAGGAUAAGUACGGAUGCAUUGGUGAUAUUCGUGGACGAGGUCUUAUGGCCGGUGUCGAGAUUGUUGAGGAUCGAGAGACGAAGACACCUGCUUUGGCUUUGGGUAAGACCAUCGGUGAUCGUGCCUAUGAGCUAGGCUUGUGGGCCAACCUUAGCAGCCAUCCCAGCUUUGGAGGCGUGUUUCGAAUUGCUCCUCCAAUCACUAUUACUGAGGAUCAACUGCUGAGUGGCUUGAAGAUCUUGGAAGAGGCUUUUGCUAUGACUUCGGGUACAAUGCCGCUGUGA